CUGCAGGAUGUCUUCACACCAAGGAGGCCGUGCCGGGCUGCGCCGCGGUGACCCCACUACGUUGAGCGGCGCCGGUCGCGGUGGCGGCGGUGACCUCACCGGGAAGGUCAAGGGGUUGGAGGUGGUGGUGGAGGAGAAGGUCGAUGAGGUGGAGGUGGUGAUGAUGGCGGAGAAGGGAAAUGCCGUGGCCGCUGGUGGUGACAGCGCCGGGAAGGUCAAGGGGUUGGAGGUGGUGGUGGAGGAGAAGGGCGAUGAGGUGGAGGUGGUGAUGGUGGAGGAGAAGGGAGAUGUUGUGGCCGCUGGCGGUGACCUCAUCGGGAAGGUCAAGGAGGUGGAGGUGGUGGUGGAGGAGAAGGUCAAGGAGGUGGAGGUGGUGAUGGCGGAGAAGGGAGAUGAGGUGGAGGUGGUAAUGGAGGAGAAGGGAGAUGAAGUGGAAGAUAAGAGUGAGGUGGAGGAUGGGAAGGGUGAGGAGGAGGUGGAGGAUGGGAAGGGUGACGAGUUGGAUAAGAAGGGUGAGGAGGGUGAGGAGGUGGAUGGGAAGGGUGGGGAGGGUGAGGAGGGUGAGGAGGAGGUGGAUGAUGAGGACGAGGAGGUGGGUGACAGUGAGGAGGAGGUGGAGGGUGCGGAGGAGGUGGAGGGUGAGGUGGAUGAGGAUGAGAAGGGUGAGGAGGUGGAGGACGAGGAGGGUGACAGUGAGGAGGUGUUGAUGGCCUCCUCCUCCUCCCACGUCGUCCUCAAGCGCCAGCGGAGCCUCACGGGGCGAGGCAGCCCCACGGAGCAGGAGAGAAAGAGCCCCGUCUUCAACCAAGGAGUGUGGUACGAGAAAAAAAGACGCAGUUCGCGGACACUGUCCAGCUCAAAGAGAUUGUUUCUGGAUCCGUACUCGUCCUCCGAAGACAGCGACAAUGACGACAACUUCCCAAACACACAGACUCAGUGACACACACACAGACACACACACACAGACUCGGUGACACACACACAGACACACACACAGACACACACACAGACACACACACAGACACACACACAGACACACACACAGACACACACACAGACACACACAGACACACACACAGACACACACAGACACACACAGACUCAGUGACACACACACAGACACACACAGACUCAGUGACACACACACAGACACACACAGACACACACACAGACACACACAGACUCAGUGACACACACACAGACACACACACGUACACACACACAGACUCAGUGACACACACACAGACUCAGUGACACACACACAGACACACACACAGACACACAGACACACACAGACUCAGUGACACACACACAGACUCAGUGACAACAAAGAUCCCUUAUAUAGCCUUAACAGACUGUAGGGGCAAGUGCUGUUAGCGAGCACCUAUGAAGGCCAGCACGGCACACGAGGGGGUGGGUGGCCAGCACCACGCCCGACCGCCUUUGUCUCCCUAGUGGUGAUGUUUACACACCGCACCAGGUACUCAUUUGAGGCUGAGUCGACCUAGGGGAGGCCCAGGACCGGUUCAGAUAAUCGUCACUGGUGUUGGCCGUGAGCGGGAAUCGAACUCGGGUCACCGGGUUCAUAGCGCAGCGCGCUAACCGCUACACUAUCGCUCCGUGUCGCUGUGUGUGUCGCUGUGUGUGUCUGUGUGUGUCUGUGUGUGUGUCACUCAGUGACACA